UUCAAGGACCCGUAUUUAAAGAGACAGGAGGUCUAGUCAUCGUACAAGGCCCGUGGCCUUGUGGGCUCCUGGUCCGGUGGCCGGUGCGGAGCGUCAGAGCCAGGGCAGCCGAGAAGGCAGCUAUAUGACUUUGGCUUUUAAGACCCUCUUCCUGAGAAACCUCUGUGCCCUUGGCAGAAAAGAACUGUGCCUGUUUUCAGAACAGCAUCACUGGCCUGCCAUAAGACAGUUCAGCCAGUGGUCGGAAACAAAUCUCCAUUGUGGGUGCUGCCUCCUCCAGAGAAGAAAGCCUGUCCUAUCUUUCCAGAGAGGUCAUCUAAGACCACGUGCCACCCACCUUAUUUCGUGGUCAGGGUCGCAUGUGGGACUCUGUACUGGCCCCUGUGAGAUGGCCGAACAGCGGUUCUGUGUGGACUAUGCCAAGCGGGGCACAGCUGGCUGCAAGAAAUGCAAGGAGAAGAUUGUAAAGGGCGUAUGCCGCAUUGGCAAAGUGGUACCCAAUCCCUUCUCAGAGUCUGGGGGCGAUAUGAAAGAGUGGUACCACAUUAAGUGCAUGUUUGAGAAACUGGAGCGGGCGCGGGCCACCACAAAAAAAAUUGAAGACCUCACAGAGCUGGAAGGCUGGGAAGAGCUGGAAGAUAAUGAAAAGGAACAGAUAAGCCAGCACAUUGCAGACCUGUCUUCCAAGGCAGCUGCCACACCGAAGAAGAAAGCUACUGUCCAGGCUAAGCUGACAACCACUGGCCAGGUGACAUCACCAGUGAAAGGCGCUUCGUUUAUUACCAGUACCAAUCCCCGGAAAUUUUCUGGCUUUUCAGCAGCCAAACCCAACAACUCUGAGAAAGACCCCUCAAGCCCUGCUCCUAAGACCAGUCUGUCCGCAAGUAAAUGUGACCCUAAGCACAAAGAUUGUCUACUACGAGAAUUCCGGAAGCUGUGUGCCAUGGUAGCUGAAAAUCCUAGCUAUAACACCAAGACCCAGAUCAUCCACGACUUCUUGCAGAAAGGCUCCACAGGAGAUGGCUUCCGAGGCGAUGUGUACCUGACAGUGAAGCUGCUGCUGCCUGGUGUCAUCAAGAGUGUGUACAACUUGAAUGAUAAGCAGAUAGUGAAACUGUUCAGCCGAAUUUUUAACUGCAACCCAGAUGAUAUGGCCCGGGACCUAGAACAGGGUGACGUGUCAGAGACGAUCAGAGUCUUCUUUGAGCAGAGCAAGUCUUUUCCCCCAGCUGCCAAAAGCCUCCUCACCAUCCAGGAAGUGGAUGCAUUUCUUCUGCACCUCUCCAAGCUCACCAAAGAGGAUGAGCAGCAGCAGGCCCUGCAGGACAUUGCUUCCAGGUGUACAGCCAAUGACCUUAAGUGCAUUAUCCGGCUGAUCAAACACGAUCUGAAGAUGAACUCGGGUGCAAAACACGUGUUAGAUGCCCUUGACCCCAAUGCUUAUGAAGCCUUCAAAGCAUCACGCAACCUGCAGGAUGUGGUGGAGCGGGUCCUUCACAAUGAGCAGGAGGUGGAGAAGGACCCAGGCCGGCGUCGGGCUCUGAGUGUCCAGGCCUCAUUGAUGACACCUGUGCAGCCCAUGCUGGCUGAGGCCUGCAAGUCCAUUGAGUAUGCAAUGAAGAAGUGUCCCAAUGGCAUGUUCUCUGAGAUCAAGUACGAUGGUGAGCGAGUCCAGGUGCAUAAGAAGGGAGACCACUUCAGCUACUUCAGCCGCAGUCUCAAGCCUGUCUUGCCUCACAAGGUGGCCCACUUUAAGGACUAUAUUCCCAAAGCGUUUCCUGGGGGUCAAAGCAUGAUCUUGGACUCUGAAGUGCUCCUGAUUGAUAACAACACAGGCAAACCACUGCCCUUUGGGACCCUGGGAGUACACAAGAAAGCUGCUUUCCAGGAUGCUAAUGUCUGCCUGUUUGUUUUUGAUUGUAUCUACUUUAAUGAUGUCAGCUUGAUGGACAGGCCUCUCUGUGAGCGACGGAAGUUUCUUCAUGAUAACAUGGUUGAAAUCCGUAACCGGAUCAUGUUCUCAGAAAUGAAGCAAGUCACAAAAGCUUCAGACCUGGCUGACAUGAUAAACCGGGUGAUCCGAGAGGGCCUGGAAGGUUUGGUGCUAAAGGAUGUGAAGGGUACAUAUGAGCCUGGAAAACGACACUGGCUGAAAGUUAAGAAAGACUAUUUGAACGAGGGGGCCAUGGCUGAUACAGCUGAUCUGGUGGUUCUUGGGGCCUUCUAUGGGCAAGGGAGCAAAGGUGGAAUGAUGUCCAUCUUCCUCAUGGGCUGCUAUGACCCCGACAGCCAGAAGUGGUGCACUGUUACAAAAUGUGCUGGAGGCCAUGACGAUGCCACACUUGCCCGCCUGCAGAAGGAGCUGGAUAUGGUGAAGAUUAGCAAGGAUCCUAGCAAGAUACCCAGCUGGCUGAAGAUCAACAAGAUCUACUAUCCUGACUUUAUCGUCCCAGACCCAAAGAAAGCUGCUGUGUGGGAGAUCACAGGAGCAGAAUUCUCUCGAUCUGAGGCGCAUACUGCUGAUGGGAUCUCCAUCCGAUUUCCUCGAUGCACCCGAAUCCGGGAUGACAAGGACUGGAAAUCUGCCACUAACCUCCCCCAACUCAAGGAACUGUACCAGCUGUCCAAGGACAAGGCAGACUUCGCUGUGGUGGCUGGAGAUGAGGGGAGCUCCACUACUGGAGGCAGCAAUGGUGAGAAUGAGGGCACUGCUGGGUCUACUGUGCCCCGCAAGGGCCCCAAGGGACCCCCCAGUAAGUCCUCUGCCAGUGCCAAGAAGACUGAACAGAAGCUGAAUGAUCCCGGUAGCAGAGGUGGAGAGAAGCUGGCUGUGAAGUCUUCUCCUGUCAAAGUGGGGAUGAAGAGGAAAGCUGCUGAUGAGACCCCAGGCGUGACAAAGGCGCUGUUGGAUGUCUUCACUGGGGUGAGGCUCUACUUGCCACCUUCUACACCAGACUUCAGACGGCUCAAACGUUACUUUGUGGCAUUCAACGGGGACCUGGUACAGGAAUUUGACAUGGCCUCAGCCACACAUGUGCUGGGUAACAGGGACAAGAACACUGAUGCCCAGUUGGUCUCUUCAGAGUGGAUUUGGGCAUGCAUCCGGAAACGGAGGCUGGUAGCUCCCUGCUAGGACUUUGCUUUUCCUGCUAACUCUACCGACACACGAGGCUCAGCCCAACGGGUAGAGGCCUGUUCGCCAAGCAGCGCACCUUCUCACACCCUCCGCCUCUUUAUGGUCUCUUCUGGAUCGGGAGUUAGCUGCUGUGGACACAAGCAGUUUAAUUGGAUCUUCCCAGGUGCUAGCUUUGUCUGAGGUGCUGAUGACCAACUUAAACCCUCAAUCACACUAGGCACAGCACUCUGCCACUGAACUACAGCUUUAUAAAUAAGAAAUGGGGAUCAGAAGUUCAAGGCUAGCCUCGGGUAAGAAUUUGAACAAGAAUAAGCAUACUUUCCCCCACUGGUCCCAUCUAGUGUUCCUCAGUGACGAAGGAAUGCUGAGCGGAAUCUACUUCCUGUGCUCCUUGCUUCCACGUGCAUCUUAAAGGUGUAUUUAAACUGUUCUCAAACACUUCUUAUACGUGGCAAAACCUUUAUUAUGUCUGGUCCAAACCCCCAUGUGAAAGAACAAAGUGGUCUCCAAAUUUCCAGGUCAUUGCCUGGAGGGAGAGCUGACAUCUACAGGAAAGUGUCCUCCUUGGAGACAGAGGCUCCUUGAAGGUGAAUUUGCCUCCUCAAAAUCUGACUACUCUCAGGAGCACAGGUCCAUAGCUGGGGAAAUCUACACACCCUGCCUACCAAGGUUGGCUUCUAUGCCAUGUGUGGCAGAUGUCCUUGAAGGGGAAAGAAAAUGAUUUCUGUGUAUAACUGCACACAAGGGGUAUUUUGCCACAGUGGAAGUGUCCUAAACUAAGCCUCAUCUGAUUGUCAAGCCCUUGAAAUGGGACUAGUGUGACUGGCGAAAGCCAUAAACAUUUCAAGACAUCUUCAAAUGGUCUCAAGUUACCAGUGACAUCACAUCAUCUGAGUAUCAGUUCCUCAAGAGGAAUGGGCAGUCACUGUUGCCAAAUCACUGGGCAGCUGCCAGUAACCUCAGACACCUUGUUGAAGGCAUGCAACACGGAGCCUGGUAAAGAUAUUAUCCAGGAGGAGGCCUAGCUUACACCUCACUUGUUAAAAGUUCACAUUUGGGUCUAAGCACGGAACUGUAGUAGACCGCCUUGUCUAUGUUGUGCCACCUCUUGAAGAGCAGCUCUGUUCUUAUUAACUCAGC